UUGUCACGGGCCCUUCGUACAAAAACAAAAUUCUUCUGUUCAUUUUCAUUCUCCCUGUUUUCUCUCCAUUUUUCCUCUGAGCAAAAUCGUUGCAGUCUUAAGCUUCCUCAGUUUCCAGGGUACAAAAGACCAAAUAUGCCGGCCAUUCAUAUCUUGAGUAUCAUUGGCCCCUUUUCCAUUGUAUCACGGAAAUGAUGAUUUCUUUUCUUCAGAAAUUCAAACCUUUUCUUCUGUUUUUGAUCACAAUCUUUGUGCUGAAUUUCGGAUUCAUCACUUGCGCAACAUUCUGGAAUCUUCCCAAAUGUUUAGAUGAAUUUAAUACCUCGGCAAGUUAUCAAUCUGACGUUCAAUCCCUGAUGGAAGUUUUGUCCUUCAAAUCUUCCCAACAUACCUUCUACAAUGAUUCUUUUAAAGGAAUCUAUGGCCUGUUUCUCUGCAGAGGUGAUGUUGAUAGUAGCACUUGCCAAAACUGCAUCAAUGACGCUACCAUAGAUCUUCCAAAAAUUGCUCUUCUUCUUAUCGAGGUGGAGUCAUCAGACUCCUAUGUCUACAUGAGGAAUCUAGAACACAAUACUUCAUCUGAAGACGAUUCGGCGGUACUUGAUUUGCUAAAUGAAGCGAUUGAGCGAGCUCAGAACUCACCUGAGCUAUAUGGGACCCGGAAAGGAGUUGUGCCUAGGGUGGGCAGGGUGGCGCUUCUUAACCCAAGUUGCCUUGCAAGAUUUGAAGAAUACGCUUUUUAUUUAGCAGCACCACAACCUGCUCCUGCAGCACCACAGCCUGCUCCUGCAGCACCUCAGCUUGUUCCUGCAGUUCCAGGUCUCAUGCCCAAUAGAGGGAAUGGGGUAAAAAAGACAAAGGUUGUGAUCAUCUCUGUAUCAUCAUUAGCAGCUGCCCUUGCAUUCAUUCUCGCUGGCUUCUUAUGUUUUUCAUUCUGCAGGAAAGGACUGAAAGGUAUAAAUGAAGCUGAAGAAGAACACAGUGAGGAGGUGCAUUGCUUUAGGUUAGCUGAAAUGCAGGGUGCAACAAACGAUUUCUCUGAUGCCAAUAAGCUGGGAGGAGGUUUUGGUCCUGUUUACAAGGGAAAAAUGCAUAAUGGGAAGGAAGUUGCUGUCAAAAGGCUUUCAAUGACAUCAAGUCAAGUAAAGAAAGAUGAAAAACUUCUUGUCUAUGAGUACAUGGCCAACACUAGCUUGGAUGUUUUUCUCUUUGAUUCGAAAAAAUGCAAGCUAUUAGACUGGGAGACAAGGGCAAAUAUCAUCAAUGGGACUGCAAAGGGCUUGCAAUAUCUGCAUGAGGAUUUGCGGCUAAAAAUAAUCCAUAGGUAUUUAAAGGCAAGCAAUAUUCUCUUGGAUGAUGAGAUGAACCCCAAGAUAUCAGAUUUUGGUAUUGCUAGAAACUUUAGAGUUAAAAAAAUGGAAGCCAACACUGACAUAAUUAUAGGAACAUGUGGAUACAUAGCACCAGAAUAUGCACAAGAAGGUGUGAUUUCAAUAAAAUCAGAUCUUUAUAGCUUUGGAAUCCUAAUGCUAGAAAUAAUAAGCGGUAAAAAGAACAGGGGAUUGUCCGCCUCAGAUUGUAGGCAGAGCCUUAUAACAUAUGCAUGGAUGCUACGGAGUGAAGGUAAAGCAGAUGACUCUGCGCAUCGGCCUACAAUGUCUUUAGUUGUUAUCAUGCUUGGUAGCAACUCAGUAAACCUCCCCCAACCAUCAACAGCCUCGUAUUCUGCAGCGAGAUUAAUUGCGAUGUCUGAUCAUUCUUCAAGUAGUGGAGGAAAGGAGGGAUCUCAUAUAUCCGAUCAAUCUUCAACCACCACUACUACCAAACUGACGAAUGAAGCUGCCAUGAAAUGGCAGCAAUGAAGCUGCGAUUGGACAGCAAGAAAGCAGCAAGUUAGCUGCAUUGUUAUGUUCAUUUUGAUAACAGAAAAUUGAAACAGCAAAUCUCCAAGAUGAUGCUGUGUAAAUGAAGAUGAACGCUUCAA